AUUUAAUCUUUAAAGAUUAUAAGCAUGCAUACUACUAUAUUUUUUAGAACUUCUAUUGAACAUAAUGGUGGUAUGGUGGGUUUAUAAAUAAGAAUAUUCUUGAAUUCGUUCUUUUAACUCAUCUCCUUCACAUACUCUCUCUUUCACAAAAGAAAUAAACAAAUUUCGAAAAUGGAUUCUAUGACAAAACUCGUCGUCCCACUUUUACUCGUCUUUUUCUCUUCUCUCCUCUUUGGAGAUAUCAAUGGAGUGGAGAGCUCAAAACAGCCUCAUCACCAGUACUCGUACGGUUCAACAAAGCUGUUUGCGUUUGGAGAUUCUUCAGUCGAUACCGGAAACAUAAAGAAACAGGAAGCUGUAGUCCCAUGGGCAGUCCCUUAUGGUAACACAUUCCCCGGUACACCCUCCGGCCGUUUCUCUGACGGCCGUGUCUCUACCGAUUUUCUAGAUAAACCGGAUAAAGACUCUAACUUCAAGGAAUUGCUCUAAAGAUUAUUAGUCAGAUACCAAAAUGUUAGUAUUUUUACUCCUAUUGUAUUUUCGCUGAACCAAACAAUAAAAAACUAUUUCAUGUUAUAUCAAUGUCACGUUCAAGAUGUUGUUUGUUACUUUGUUUUAUGCGCUAGUCAUCGGAAAAACUUUUUUUUUUUGGUAAAAGGUUAAGUUUCAUUGGAAACUUGGUUGUAUUUAUAUCUUUAUUUAAUAAUUGAAUCUGUAUUGUUGACGUUAAUGUUAAUAGCCAACCCAAGUUUAAAUAUAUUAUGACAAAUAUUUAUUAUGGUUGCAUAAACUUAUAAGAGCAUCUCCAAUGCAUUUCUAUUUUUCCUCUAUAAAUAGAGAAAAAUAUAUCAAUGAGGCAAAUUUGCUCCAACCCACCUCUACUUUCAUCUCUAAAAUAGAGAUUGCUAUAUUUUCUUUUAUUUAUAGAGGAAAAAAAUAGAGUUCCUCUAGAUAUAGAGGAAAAAAUAACAAUCUCUAUUUUAGAUACAGCCUCUUAUUUGCGUAUAAAAACUUACAAAACAUUUUUCUAUAUAAAACUACUAAAAAAUGACCAAUGCUUUAGAUGAAUAAAAUAUUUCAGUUCCUAGGUAAUACUGCUAACAACUACAAUUUUAGCCCUUUUGGAAUUCAGUUUAAGACCGAAUCAAGUUUUUUAUUUAUAACAAUUACUACAUCUUUUGAACUGAAAACAAAAACAAUUAAAAUUCUUCUUAUAGAACUAGUUAAAGUUAUAAGUUUCAUGCUCUUCCAAGUUACAACUCCCUUAACUAUUGAGAUUUCUAACAAUAUCUACAACAAAUCUCCAAUCUUGAUCGUAAAUUUAGAUCCUAUAUGAUAUAAAGAUUGUUUACUUGAUUCUUGAUUCUU